AUGAUUCAAAACAAAACGAUUUCAUGUGAAAAGGGGUCUCUCACUGUCGCGAAAUUAGUAGAGCGAAUUGCUAGCGUUACUAGUUGUGAAUCGCUUGAAUAUGUGGAACUCAGGGGACCUCUACAACUAGAAGUGUGCGAUACUCUCUCUCAACUGACAGAACUCGGGACAUUAGCCGUCAUGGAAGACUGUUCGGAUAGUUUCGCAAAGAAAGCUUUUGAAAUUGUCUCAACAGUUACCACGGAGAUUACAUUGUACCGAAUUCCAUUUGAGAGCAAAGAAGAGUUUCAGACAUUUCUGAAGAGCAAUUUGAACUAUUUGAAGAUUAACUCAGAUUUCUCAAUGUUCACUCUUGAUCACCUUCUAGUCACAAACGCACUCAAACUGAAAUUGAGAGAAGUCAUGUUGAGUGUCACAGAUAUUAGUCAAUUUCUUACAAAGUGGUUUCACAGCAAAUGCAACUCUCGACUAAAACAUCGGUCAUUGUGCACAUUGGGAGGUAUCAAUGAAACGUGUCUUCGGAAGUACUGA